AUACGAAAAAUCGAAGUGAGGUGAAUCUCCCAUUUUAAACAAGUGAACUACACAAUUCUGAAUUAUCAAGGCAUCGGUUCUUAAACAUGGAAAAACAUGUCAUUUUGAUCAACUUGCCAUUUUCUUUUAUUUCUUACUUUGCUUUCCAUUAGUUAGCAGCAUCUCUAUUCUUAGCCACUGAAAACUUCAAUCAGAAGGAAAAGGUUAUCGUAUCUUUGAUGGAAGCUAAGCACUGAGUGUGUUUUCAUAAACUAAUCCACGUUUUCAAAUUUUAAAUAAAACUUCCUUAUCUUUGUAUAUGUAAACUAUGUGCACCUUAAUCUAAGUUUUAUAUUAUUAUUCCAUUGCACAUAUUCCAUAUUUGAAGCUGUUACCUAUUCAAAUAAGCGUUCACAAAGUCCAAACAAUAAUUGUUUUUCCUCUGUGUUUGUUAUUUUUUAACAUCUUUAUUUUUCUUUAUAAUGAUCACCACUCAGUUCAGAUUUCAAAGGGAAGUUGCAACGAAGUUCGAAAAAACUUACAUGCUUUGUGAAGUGGACAAACCAAAAAGCCAGAUUCUAUAUAAGGGGUCCCUUACUUUUCCUUACAGGAGAUCAAUUUUCAAAACUCAAUCACUGGUUUUCCUGAAAACUUCUCAGCAAGAUAGUUUCAGAGUUUCUAUCCCGUGUUAUCAGAGAUAAACAGCAACAUGUGUAUUACUAAUCAGGAAGUUAUCAAGCAGUUGGAGUCCCUUUUGGAAAACUUGGAUGAGCAACAGAAGAACACAUUCCAGAAUAUGCACCAGGGCUAUCCAACAGAAACAUUAGUGCGGUUUCUCAAAGCAAGGGACGGGAAUGUUGUGAAAGCACAUAAAAUGUUGAUUGAUUGUUUACAAUGGAGAGUAGAAAAUGAGAUUGACAAUGUUUUAGCGAAGCCUAUACCACCUGGUUUAUACAGACGUUUGCGAGAUUCUCAACUUAUGGGAAUGUCUGGUUUCACAAAGGAGGGCUUACCUGUCAUUGCUAUUGGUGUUGGGCUCAGCACAUUUGAUGAAUCGUUUGACAAAUACUAUAUACAGUCGCACAUCCAAAUGAAUGAAUAUAGGGAUCGAGUGAUCAUGGUGAGUACCUACACUAGAGUUUUUUUAGGUGUAAAUUCUGACUCCCUAGUUGUUUAUUUGGAAUAUUUAUUGCAGCCAAGAGCUACAAAGAAUCAUGGAAGACACAUUGAUACUUGUGUGAAAGUCUUGGAUAUGACUGGUUUAAAACUCUCAGCACUGAACCAAUUGAAGCUUUUGACAGCUAUAACAACAAUAGAUGACUUGAACUAUCCAGAAAAGACUGACGCAUAUUACAUAGUUAACGUUCCAUAUGUAUUCUCAGCGUGUUGGAAGGUUGUAAGGCCUCUUUUGCAGGAAAGAACAAGGAAGAAAGUCCAUGUCCUCAAAGGUUGUGGCACGGAGGAAUUACUCAAGGUAAUGGACUAUGCAUCCCUCCCACAUUUUUGCAGAAAGGAGGGUUCCAGGGUGCCCCAACAUCAUGAAGCUGGAAAUACUGAAAAUUGUUUCUUCAUUGAUCAUGUCUUCCAUAAACAACUAUAUAAUUACAUCGAGCAGCAAGCUAUAUUCAUAGAGUCCAUAUCUCAGGAUUCUUUCCAUGUAGAUUUACCUGAGCCAGACCCAGUUGAUGCCAAAAUUGCCAAGACUAUAGAAACUGAGUUCCAUAAACUGGAAAUUCAGAAUGGCCUUACCAAUUGAUGGAAUGGUCUUGCAGUUCUCGUCUGCAUCGUGGUCACUUCAACCUGGAGAAUUCUGAUUAUGCUCAAUUGUAGUUGCAUGGUCCAUUUUGAAUAAGAGUUAUAUUACACGCAAACACUUAAAAAUUCACUUAUUGAGAGUAAUAUCAGAGUGUUUAUGCUGAUGCAGUCUUCUGAAAGAAGAAAUUACGUUCAGAUUUUCUACUAUUUUUCAGUACUGUAUAUUUGUUGUACUAUUAAAAUUCACCGAAUUUGAUAUAAUAAAUUCUUCUUUAAUAUAGUUAUAAAAUGUACAUGGGGCUAUUUUGAAAAGACAGCCAGAGACCUAACAACCAAAAUCCGAGAAUCUAAACUUAAAAAAUUCAAAUAUAAUUUUUAUAUGUGCCUGGGAUGACGAGCAUGGCAUUUUUUUCAGUGUUGGAAGGACGGUAUCAGUUACAAUUCUUCUGUCAAUUAAUGCUAUUUAUACAAAAUGUAGAAUGAGUGUUCACACCCGUGUCGGAAAAAAUGUUUUUUUUUUCUGAAGUUUGAAGUACCGUUAUGAGUGUUCACACCCGUGUCGGAA